CCGGCAUCUAGAAAUGACGUCAAGUUACAUGGGCCGUCCAUGCGCAUCAUUGGAAUGGAUAUCCUUCCUUUUCGUCCGCCUAUCGGCCCUAUCGAAGCCUGCGUAUCUGUUAAAUCUUCAAGAAUACUGCACUCCCGAUGCAUCGAUGAAGGACAGUAACAUGCGGAUCAGGACGCUGAUCAUGACCCGGAAACGUUACAUGUCAGGAAAUGCGCCAAUGAAGGAGGAGUAGCAGCACUGCACUUUGUAAUAUAACACUCACCUUCCAUAGGACUUCAUUCACACAUAAAUGGAAGGUCGAGGGCGAGCAGCCUCAUGCAUUGUGGCUU